AACACCCAAAUUAAAACGGCACCUUCCUACCCAUCGACAGACUACCACAUACACACACUGUAGAGAAAUAUCCAACUUCUUUCUUUUUUCCUCUUGGUUCAAAGUUUUAAAUUUCAGCUCCUACAUCUCUAUCUUUAUUAUAUUAGGCAACGCACAGGAUAAUUGAAUUUUGUCAAAGCUCCGGUUACCGGCCGGCGGCAUAUGUUCGUCUCCUAGUGUAGGUUACGUCAUUCGUGUGAAAAUUUUAAAGUUUAGUAAUUCUUUUUGUUUUGUUUAAUCCAACGGGUCUUUUGGUUUUCGGAUUUGCUGGAUUUUGGCUACGCUUCUCCUAAUAUUCCGGUUUCCAGAAGCCAACCACUCAACAGACGCACAAACCAACCAAAACGAAUCAAAAUCUCCCCUUUAUUUUCUUUUUCUUCCACAAAUAUGGUAAAGAGGGAACCAACAAAAUAGUUCAACUCCAAACAGCUUGACAAGUUCGCUCUGUAAAAUUAGCUACGUACAGUCAACACUUUCCCCCUAAUUACGCUUCCUUUUUAUCUCUAGUCUACGCCCAGAGGUUCAAAGAUUUUAUGGCUGUUUCCAAGUCUUCCUCGGGCAAGCAAGAAAACGACCGUGAUCAAGAAUAUCACAAGAAAUCGGAGCCGUUGAUUCCAGGGCUACCCGACGAGAUCGCAGAGCUUUGUCUUCUUCAUCUGCCAUAUCCAUACCAAUCGUUGGCACGUUCAGUAUGUUGCUCAUGGAACAGGACCAUAACCGACCCUGGCUUCCUUCUCUCCCGGAGAUCCUUAUCGCUUUCUCUGCCUUAUCUGUUCGUUUUCGCUUUUCAUAACUCAACGGCCAGGAUACAAUGGCAAGCUUUUGACCCGCGAUCAGGCCGUUGGUUUAUAUUACCUCCCAUGCCUUGUCCCAAGUCUGUGUUCCCACCGGGGUUUGCUUGUACUUCGAUUCCACGUCAAGGCCAGCUCUACGUUUUAGGUGGUAUGCGUUCAGACACACAAACUUCCAUCAACACAACGGUCGUCUACACUACAUCCACAAAUCAAUGGUCCAUAGCGUCUCCCAUGGUGACCCCACGGUCGUUCUUCGCUGCGGGGAAUGUUAAUGGCAAGAUCAUUGCCGUCGGUGGAAGUGGGGCCGAGUAUAAUGAUUCCAUCACCUCUGUAGAGUGCUAUGAUCCACGGAAGGACACGUGGGAACACGUUGCUAAAAUGCGCGUGGGAUUGGCCAGGUAUGAUUCGGCUGUGGUGGGGAGCAAGUUGUACGUGACAGAGGGGUGGACGUGGCCUUUCCUGUUUUCGCCAAGAGGAAGUGUUUACGACCUGGAGAAUGACACGUGGCAGGAGAUGAAGGACGGGAUGAAAGAAGGUUGGACCGGGGUGAGUGUGGUUGUGGGCGACAGGCUGUUUGUCAUUUCAGAAUACGCUGAUUGCCCGAUGAAGGUAUAUGUUCCUGAUCGUGACGCGUGGCAGUACGUAGGUGGUGAUAAAUUUCCACGUGAGGCAAUGCAGAGGCCAUUCGCCGUGAGUGGAGUGGAAGGGAGAAUCUACGUGGUGUCAAGUGGGCUAAACGUGGCAAUAGGGACACCAAUCGAGGGACAAAACGGGGAGUUCAUAGCGAAGUGGGAGGUGGUGGCUGCCCCAAUGGCUUUCCACGACUUCUCCCCUUUGAGUUGCCAAGUGCUUUAUGCCUAGAAAUCCCUCUUUCAUACAAAAUGCUACCUAUAACUGUAAGGCAGUGGAGUUUUACACUUUUUACAUGUGCUCUUUUUUACGUGUAAAUUGUUCAUGUUCCCGGAGGAAUAUAAGAGCUGGUUUACAAAUCCUUUUAUUUUAUGCAGUGACAGAUCCAAGUGUUUGGGAUUUUGUAUUUGUUAUAUAUUUAUUUUAGUGAAUUAUUUAUUAUCUUUUUUCACAAUUCGAGAGAAGAAGGUUCCGUUCCUUCCCUUUAUGAACUAUGAACAGAAUUGUUCAAGGCUAAAUAUAUGAUCGAUUUUGAUUUACUAUAAUCAAGCCUUCUGUAGUAUUUAAGAGGAGAAAGCUAUGGUUUUGGAACGUCGAGAAUCAAAACCAAGAGGAUCUUCGAGUUCAAUUUGGCAGGAGAUCCUUCAGAAAUUAUCAAUACUGGCCUUUAUUGGAUGACAUCUCUGUCUGACAGACAAGCAUCGUAAAAUAAAUGCUGCAGGGUGCAGCCAGCUAAGAUGGUACUACGAUUCAAACAAAGCAAAACGGAGUGCUCCAUUUCACUGCUUAAAAACUCAAAAAGGACUGCUCCAUUUCACUUCCUUCGGAUUCUUUUCAAAAACUGACUCAAAAGCUCAGAUCAAAUUUUUUUAAGAAAAUAACCUGUUUUACAAUUUUCGCUGACACUCCAAAAGAGUUAAUUUUUUGUGCUACCAUUGUCUCUAACGACACUAGGCACCAGUAUGUAUUUUUCUUUGUGCUGCCAAGAUCAAUAUAUUGAUAGACCUUCUAUAAGAUAUCGAUACUUGAUCCAAUAAUAUUUUGUUUUUUACUAAAAAAAUAAAACCUCAAAUUUAAGAAAAUGUAAAACAAAAAGAACAAAUUUUUCAGUUUUUAAAAAACCCAUCUUCUUCAGUGCCCUUUAACCCUCCUCAUCAAAGCUUCCACCACCUCCCUCCCUGAACCCCAAUUCCACCAUCUUCUGCACCUCAAUCUCCAUCAUCAAUAACCCAACACCACUAUCAAUAAUCUAUACCCAUAACCAAUAAAACCCCACCGAACUAGGAAACCAUAGCCCAAAAAUAGCAAAUAUAUAUAUAGCAAUAAAUAAAGAGAAUAAGAAACUAAAUCUGAGUUUUGAGAUGAAAUUAUUUUGGCGUGGAUGAUGGUUAUCUUUUGAAAUGAUGAUGAUGAUGGUGAGUUAAGAGAGACAUGAAGCUGAUACGGUAAUGGUGAUGAAAAUCGAAGAAGAUGGAAAUCUGGGAACAGGAUUUUUUAAAUGAAAAUUUGAGAGGAACUUUGUUUUUCCAGAAUUUUGUUUUUGAAUUUUAAGGGUUUUUUCACCAUUACUAAAGCUAAAAAAUUAUCAAAAGUAAACCUAAGUAUCCAGACUUUCUGUUUCGUAUCGAUAUCGAUUGGAGUUUAAUAUUAUGUCGCCAGACAGUCUGGCGAAAGAAAAAAAUAGAUAUUGGUGUCGACAGAAACAAUUGUGCCACCAAAAAAAGAAGAUAGAGUGCCCCCACUGGAAAUGAUGGCACCGGUGAACAGAAGAACAAACAGUUCUUUCUUGUAAGAUUUUGGUCUUGAGUCAUUUUCGUAAUUAAAUAUUUUUUUAGUUAAUUUUGAAAAAGAGCCACUUCCAUUUUAAGUACCAAUUAGAGCAUCUUCCCUUCCCUGCAAUUUCAUGACCUACUCAUUACCUACAGUUCUGUCUUUGACCAAAUAAUUGAAAUAUAAUUGAACUGAAAAAGGCAAGUUACCUAGAAAAAAGCAUCCAGCUAUGUGGUUAUUUGCCAAUCAAUAUCUCCCUGUUCAAUAUACAGACACUGAGACUAACUUUACAGAAAGCUCCAAUGCGGCAAUGCCAUCUCGUCUCUAAAAAGUUGCCCUCCAUUAUAGCCUUCCGGGUCCUAAACCAAUAAUAUAUGAUAGGAUUUAGUAGACAAACCAGCUGAGACCAUCAAGAUCUAAACAACACCAUCGUUCAAUUCACGGCAGUGAAGAAAAGAAGAAGAUGUCUAACAAUGUCAAAAAAAUAUCCUCUCGAAAGCAGACGAUGCAGAGGAUGUGUUGGGUGUUUGUGUGGGAAAAAGAUGUGAGGAUCAGAUAUAGGCAACCUCAACCAGGGGCCUGUCCCUACUGUGGAGGGAUGCUCCAGGCUAUGAAUAUAAAAACUCAUUGGAAGUUUUGCUUUUUGCCCGUCUUUUUCUGGAAGAAGAGGAAGAUCUAUUGCAGCACGUGCGCAAAAUAGUUUGCUGAUCCUGUCACCAACUUUUGUUUGCAACUGACCCGGCAUGCUGCAAAGCUUCUAUGGCUUCUCUAUCCUUGUAGUUGCCAGGCGUUUAGCGUAAAUCUUUUCUUUGAAAGCUUUAAGUUGAUUUUGGUAUUUGAAAUGUAUCUGUGUGAUGGGUUUUUCUUUUGUCGAAGAUGGUGUUUGAAAGCUUUGCUUGAUGUUGGAUCUUGCUAGUUUCUUAUGACGAGGUGUUUAUAAUCUAUGUUACAAGGUUUUGGGAUUCUCUGGAUAUAUUGGGUUAAGUAAAAAGUAUGGACUUCUAAUGGAAUUGUUACUUGCUGAGAUUA